GUAACCUUCCAAAAGUAACUGGUCCUUGCCGUGCUGCAAUGCGAAGAUGGUACUACAAUAGGGCCACAGGAAGGUGCCAGAUGUUCAUUUAUGGCGGGUGCCGAGGAAAUGCUAAUAACUUUGGGUCAAAAGCUGAAUGUGAACGAAAAUGCCUCAGAAGAAGGAGAGUUAUCAGAAUUACUGCAAACGUCAUAGCAAUAAGUAAAGGAUGCUUCAGGGACACUGGUCGACGAGCGGUAGCAACACUGGAAGGUAGAAGUCGUCUUUUGAAAGGAAGUUACCGCAGAAGGCGUUACGCAAUUCAGAAGUGUGCUAUGGCAGCGAAAAGGCGAGGUUGGGGUGUUUUCGCCGUGCAACAUGGUGGAUGGUGUGCUUCCGCGAAAUAUGCGUAUCGAACAUAUGGUAAAUACGGAAGAUCCAACAGAUGUAGACAUGGAAAGGGAGGACCUUGGGCAAAUGACGUCUACUUUCUUAAGGGGUCAUGUCGAAAACGCACAACUCAAAACUUCUGUUGCGUGUUUCCGUUCAUUUACCGCGGCAAACGAUACAACAGUUGUACCAGAAUAAGAUCUCGACGGCCAUGGUGUGCUAUAACUCCCAACUAUGAUGUAGACAAAUUGUUUGGAUAUUGUGGUGGUGCAGGACGUCCAGUAAGACUCACACCACCCCUGAGACUCCAGAGAAUUGGUUGUUUUAAGGAUACAUGGCGUAGGGCCAUCCCACAACUAGAUGGUAAAAGUCCUAUGUUAAGAGGAAACUAUAAGCGCCGAAGAAAAGCUAUUGAAAAAUGUGCUUAUGAAGCUGUAAGGCGUGGCUAUCGGUUCAUUGGAAUCCAAGAUGGCGGAUGGUGUGCAUCUGGACCGAGGGCUCACAAAACCUUUGCUAAGUAUGGCCGAUCAAACAGAUGUAGGAAUGGCAAAGGUGGACCUUGGGCUAAUGAUGUUUACAGGAUUAUAGGAAAAUGCAGAAAACGAACUACAUCUGGUUACUGCUGUGUGUUCCCAUUCACCUAUGGUAGACGCCGUUACAAUAGAUGUGCAAAAACAAGGAGUGGGCGGCCAUGGUGUCCAACUACACCAGAUUAUCCUCGGAGCAAACAAUGGGGAUAUUGCCGUGGUUACAGAGCUCCCCCAACUAAAGUAACCAGUGGAGUUGUGAUUCGAUCCCGAGGCUGUUACAGAGAUACAGGUCGCCGAGCCAUUCCACAAAUGGAUGGAAAAGGCCUUCUUGUGCGUGGUUUCUAUAGACGAAGAAGUGAUGCCAUAGCAAAAUGUGCUCUGGAGGCUGCCAAGCGACGCUACAGAGCUUUUGCUGUUCAACAUCAGGGAUGGUGUGCUACAGGCCCUAGAGCUCACCUGACGUACAGGAAGUAUGGACGAUCCAAUCAAUGUAGGAAUGGCAAAGGUGGUCCAUGGGCAAACGAUGUUUACUUUGUUUCUGGUAAAUGUCGAAGAAGGGUCACAAAUCACUACUGCUGUGCAUUCCCGUUCAUCUACAAAGGACGUCGUUAUAACAGUUGUACAAGAAGAAACCACAAUCGACCAUGGUGUGCUCUGACACCCAACUAUGAUCGCGACAAGAAAUGGGGAAAUUGCCGACGUCGCAAACCAGUCCGACCUGUUGUACCACGAGUUAGAGGUAAGUUAAUCCGCAUCACAGUGGUUUUAGUGGCUAAAGGACUUGGCUGCUUCAGGGACACAGGAAGACGAGCCAUAUCAACGUUGGAAGGCAAAAGUCGUCUCCUUAAAGGAAAUUACCGCAGAAGGCAGUACUCCAUUCAGAAAUGCGCUCUGGCGGCAAAGAGGAGAGGUUACACAGUAUUCGCAAUCCAACAUGGCGGAUGGUGUGCCUCUGCUAGACACGCUUAUCGUACAUAUGCCAAAUAUGGGAAAUCUAACAGAUGUAGGAAUGGAAAGGGUGGACCCUGGGCUAAUGACGUGUACGUCUUAAGAGGGUCUUGCAGAGUUCGAUCAACCCGUGGUGAAUGCUGCGUGUUCCCGUUCGUUUACAAGGGCCGAAAGUAUACUAGCUGUACCACGGUCAAUUCUAGAAACCGUCGUCCAUGGUGUGCCUCAACUCCAAAUUAUGACGUGGACAAAUUGUGGGGUUACUGCCGAGGACGAGGAGCUCCUAUCAUCAAGGUCACACCGCUAGUAACACUCCAAAGAGUCGGCUGCUUUAAAGACACAUCUCGCAGAGCCAUCCCUUACCGUGAAGGCAGAAGUAUCCUUCUGAAGGGAAACUACCAAAAACGUCGCUUUGCCAUAAAGAAAUGCGCCUUAGAUGCUGCCAGGUUUGGCUACAAGUACAUCGGGGUCCAACAUGGUGGUCAGUGUUUUUCAGGACCCCGUGCCCAGUUCACUUAUGCCAGGUAUGGCCGUUCAAACAGUUGUAGGAAUGGAAAGGGAGGUGGCUGGGCAAAUGAUGUCUACAGGAUCUCAGGAAAGUGCAGAUAUCGCACUACCACAGGUUACUGCUGUUCGUUUCCUUUCGUGUACCGCGGGCGCCGAUACAACAGUUGCGCCAAGAAUAAACGGGGACAAAGUUGGUGUUAUAUAACUCCGGACUAUAAGAGACGGAGACUUUGGGGAUACUGUAGGGGUGGAGCACGCCCUCGACCAAUCCGGGUAACACCUAAUGUCUUGCUUAAACCUGCUGGAUGUUGGCGAGACACUGGCCGUCGAGCCAUUCCACAAAUGGAUGGCAAAGAUUUUCUUGUCCGCGGCUAUUACCGAAGAAGAAGCGACGCCAUUUUCAAGUGCUUCGCAGCUGCAGCGAGACGUGGCUACAGGGCUUUUUCCGUUCAGCAUCAGGGAUGGUGCGCUACAGGUCCAAGAGCUCACUUGACCUACAGGAAGUAUGGACGAUCCAAUCGAUGUAGGAACGGCAAAGGUGGCCCGUGGGCUAAUGACGUGUAUUUUAUUCGAGGAUCAUGCAGGAAACGAACUACCUCGCGCUACUGCUGUGCAUUCCCAUUUAUCUACAAAGGACGUCGUUACAAUCGCUGCACAUCGAAGAACCACAAACGACCUUGGUGUGCUCUGACGCCCAACUACGAUCGAGACAAGAAAUGGGGAAAUUGUGCAAGACGCCGGCCUGUCAGACCUGUUCGUCCAGUUGUUCCUUCAUACAAAGGGAGAGUGAUCAGAAUCACCGUUGGAUUGAAAGUGAAGGGACUUGGCUGCUUCAGGGACACAGGCCGACGAGCUAUAGCACCAUUGGAAGGCAGAAGCCGUCUUCUUAAGGGAAAUUAUCGUCGAAGGCGAUACGCCAUUCAGAAAUGCGCCCUGGCGGCAGCGAAGCGAGGCUUCAGAGUGUUUGGUGUGCAGCACCAGGGGUGGUGUGCGUCAACGAAAUACGCCUACCGAACAUAUGGCAAAUACGGAAGAUCUAACAAAUGUAGAAAUGGAAAGGGAGGACCUUGGGCCAAUGAUGUUUAUGUCCUCAGAGGCUCUCCUCGUGUACGAACAACCAAAGGCAAUAUUUGUGUGUUCCCGUUCAUCUACCGUGGAAGGCGAUACAACCGCUGUACCCGAGUCAACUCAAGGCGGCCCUGGUGUGCACUAACACCUAAUUACGAUGUAGAUAAACUGUAUGGCUGGUGUAGAGGACGAGGUAGGCGAAUGAUUUAUAUUAAAAGAUAUAGCUCUCAGAGAAUUGGCUGCUUCAAAGAUACGGGAAGAAGGGCAAUACCUAUACUGGAAGGUAAAAGCCGGUUUCUCAGAGGCAACUACCAAAGGAGACGCUAUGCCAUUAAGAAGUGUCUUUUGGAGGCAAUCAAGAGGGGUUACAAAGUAUUUGGAGUCCAACAUGGCGGGCAGUGUUUUUCAGGACCCAGGGCUCAGUAUACCUAUGCUAAAUAUGGACGAUCAAACCGAUGUAGGAAUGGAAAAGGAGGGCCGUGGGCCAACGAUGUCUACAGGAUUUAUGGGAGAUGCAGAAAGCGUACGACGCAAGGAAACUGCUGCGUGUUCCCGUUCAAGUAUCGCGGGCGUUAUUACAACAGCUGCGCUAAAAAUCGUCGUGGUCAGCGGUGGUGUGCACUUACGCCUGAUUAUUCCAGGAACAAGCUGUGGGGAUAUUGCAGAGGAGGAAGCAAACCUGCUCCAAUAAGAAUUUCUGGAGUUAUAGUCCGAUCCAUUGGCUGUUUCAAAGAUACCGGUCGUCGAGCCAUCCCGCAAAUGGAUGGCCGAGGUAUCCUGGUACGGGGUUACUACCGAAAACGAUCGGACGCCAUCUUUAAAUGCGCCCUAGAGGCCAUGAAGCGUUCUUAUAGAUACUUUGCGGUUCAACAUCAGGGAUGGUGCGCUACGGGCCCGAGGGCUCACGUGACAUACAGGAGGUAUGGACGAUCCAAUCGAUGUAGGAAUGGAAAGGGAGGACCUUGGGCUAAUGAUGUUUACUCCAUCACGGGUUCAUGCCGAAGGCGCACAACUUCACGCUACUGCUGUGCAUUCCCGUUUAUCUACAGAGGACGUCGUUAUAACAGUUGUACAAGAAGAAGGCACAAUCGACCAUGGUGCGCUUUGACACCCAACUAUGAUCGAGACAAGAAAUGGGGCAACUGCGCAAGAAGAAGACCCAUCAGACCUGUUCGUCCUAUUGUUCCUAAAGGUAUCUUUUUAAUAAUAAGAAUCACAACUGGACUGAUUGCAUACGGCAUCGGCUGUUUCAAAGACACAGGCCGACGAGCUAUAGCGCCAUUAGAGGGCAGAAGUCGCCUUCUGAAAGGAAAUUACCGCAGAAGACGAUACGCUAUUCAGAAAUGUGCUGCUGCCGCGGCGAGGCGAGGCUACAGAGUGUUUGCGAUCCAACAUGGCGGAUGGUGUGCGUCAACAAAGUACGCCUAUCGAACGUAUGGAAGAUACGGAAGAAGUAAAAGAUGUAGGAAUGGAAAGGGAGGACCUUGGGCAAAUGACGUCUACGUUUUGCGAGGCUCUCCUCGUGUGCGAACAACGCGCAACAACAUUUGUGUGUUCCCAUUUACUUACCGUGGCAGACGAUACUCCAGCUGUACUAGAGUUAACUCCAGACGACCCUGGUGUUCUCUUACUCCUAACUACGAUGUGGAUAAAAUAUACGGUUGGUGCAGAGGCGGGAAGGCUCUUCCAAUCAGAGUUACACCAUCGAUAACACUGCAAGGUGUCGGAUGUUUCAAGGACACUUCGAGAAGAGCCAUCCCAAUUUUGGAAGGCAAAAGUCUCCUCUUACGAGGGAGCUACCGUGCUCGGAAAUUUGCCAUUAAGAAAUGUGCUUUGGAGGCGGCAAAGCGUGGCUACAAUUACAUUGGAGUUCAACAUGGCGGGCAGUGUUUUUCAGGACCUCGGGCUAGGUACACUUACGCCAAAUAUGGACGAUCAAAUAGGUGUAGGAAUGGAAAGGGAGGUGGCUGGGCAAACAAUGUCUACAGAGUGUCAGGACGCUGUAGAUACAAAACCAAUACCGGUUUCUGUUGUGUGCCAUUUACGUACCGCAGGCGACGAUACCGUGGCUGUGCUCGCGCUAAAAACGGCAGAACCUGGUGCGCAAUCACGCCUGAUUAUAACCGGAACAAACUGUGGGGGUACUGCAGAGGCGGAAAGAAACCUGCACCAAUUAGAGUGACAACUGGAGUUAUAAUCAAUUCGCUUGGAUGCUACAAAGACACAGGCCGUCGCGCUGUUCCCCAGAUGGACGGCCGUAACCCAUUAGUGACAGGCUACUACAGGAGAAGAGCAGACGCCAUAAAGAGAUGUGCCCUUGUUGCUUUGAGGUUCGGUUACAGAGUCUUUGCAGUUCAGCAUCAGGGAUGGUGCGCUACGGGUCCCAGAGCUCAUCUCACUUACCGGAAAUAUGGACCAACUAAUCGAUGUAGGAAUGGUAAAGGAGGUCCCUGGGCUAAUGAUGUGUAUGCCAUAAAAGGUACCUGCGCAAGACGCACAACUUCUCGUUAUUGCUGCUCAUUCCCCUUCAUCUACAAAGGACGUCGCUACCACAGAUGUACGAGGAGAAACCAUAAACGACCAUGGUGUGCUACAACACCCAACUAUGAUCGUGAUAAGAAAUGGGGCAACUGUGCAGGACGCCGCCCAGUCAAACCAGUAAAACCUGUUAUCCGUCCUCCCAAAGCUAAGGUCAUCCAAGUCACUGUUGGUUUGAAGGCCUAUGGCAUCGGUUGCUAUAGAGACACAAGCCGACGAGCCAUACCAACCUUGGAACGCCGAAGUCGACUACUGAAGGGUAAUUACCGGAGAAGAGCAGGCGCUAUAAGAAAUUGCGCUUUGGCUGCGGCUCGAAGAGGUUAUAAAGUUUUUGCUAUUCAACAUGGAGGGUGGUGUGCGUCUGCAAGAUACGCCUAUCGAACGUACAGGAAAUAUGGAAAAUCUAAUCGAUGCAGAAAUGGCAAGGGAGGACCUUGGGCGAAUGACGUUUAUGUCCUUAGAGGUUCAUGUCGUGUAAAAUCAACAAAUGGAUACUGCUGCUCGUUCCCGUUCGUGUAUCGAGGCAGACGAUACACUGGAUGUACAAGAACGAACUCCAGGCGACCUUGGUGCUCCCUCACUGGAAACUACGACAAGGAUAAGCAAUAUGGAUGGUGUCCCACCCGAGGAGUCCAAAGAAUAGGCUGCUUCAAAGAUUCCCCUCGCAGAGCCAUUCCAAUACUAGAAGGCAAAAGUAAACUUCUACAAGGCAACUACAAACGAAGGAAGAUUGCCAUUCGUAAAUGCGCCAUGGUCGCCGUAAAUCGCGGUUACAACACUUUCUCUGUGCAAGACGGUGGUCAGUGUUUCUCAGGACCGCGGGCUCAGUACACUUUUGCUAAGUAUGGGCGAUCGAACAGAUGUAGGGGUGGAAAAGGAGGACCUUGGGCCAAUGAUGUCUACAGGCUGACAGGUAGAUGUCAACGUCGCACCACGUCAGGAAAAUGCUGUGUACUUCCUUUCGUUUAUCGUGGACGCCGCUACACCAACUGCGCCAGGUCAAAACGUGGAAGGCCUUGGUGUCCAACGGCAUCUAGUGUAUACAAACGAAACCAACCAUGGGGCUACUGCCGCGGUGGAAAACUCAAGCCAAUCGGAUGCUUCAAAGACACUGGUCGCCGUGCUAUCCCAGGAGUGGACGGUCGUUACCCAAUAGUGAAAGGAUAUUAUCGAAAGAGAAAGGAAGCCAUUAAGCGUUGUGCCCUUGUUGCUCUGAGGUUUGGUUACAGAGCUUUUGCUGUUCAACAUCAGGGAUGGUGCGCUACAGGUCCAAGAGCUCAUGUGACUUACGGAAAGUAUGGACGAUCCAAUCGGUGUAGGAAUGGCAAGGGAGGACCUUGGGCUAAUGACGUGUACAGAGUAUACGGUUCAUGUCGAAGAAGAACUACCUCACGCUACUGCUGUGCCUUCCCGUUUAUCUACAAAGGACGUCGUUAUAACAGUUGUAUAAGAAGAAACCACAAUCGACCAUGGUGCGCUACGACACCCAAUUAUGAUCGAGACAGACAGUGGGGCAAUUGCGGUGGUCGCCGUAAACCUGUUAAACCUGUCAAACCUAUUGUCCGUCCUCCUAGAGGUGGAUAA